UGCAGCAUAGGUGGUAUUUCCCCGUUAAGAGUUUAUCCAUUGAAGUUUUCUAUUUGACUUUCUAAAGCGGCGGCGACGACAACAACAACAACAGAAAUCCGCGAAGUUAAAAAGCCAAAUGUGUUAAUUGUUAACUAAAUAUAGACGAGGAAGGUUUGGAAGCUGUAGUGGGUGGAUUGAUCAGGCAGCGUACGAGUAAAAUGAAAAAGGGAAAAUUGUCAGCCCUAUGAAGCCAAUUGCCGGUGGGAAGGAAGGAUCGCACCUGUUCUGUGAAAGAACAGAAAAUGAAGCUCUAAUAAGUCUCUUUAGUCAAAAAGCUGUCUCUGGUACACCACCGCAGAUGCUGUGUGAUUGACUCAGGAAUCCCUGUUUUGGUUUGCCAAGCAGGCAAACUAUCUCAGCACAUUCCAUGACAUGAUUUUGGUCCAUGCCAACUAGCACACUCCCAGAUGACAGCUGUGGCAGGAUGGCGUGGGAGAGAGACUGCCCUCAACAGGCAUUAUUGAAGAGGUGACAUUGGUGACGGAAGAAGGACAAGAAUGAUUACAUAUCCAUAACUCCCAGCAGUAUGUCAGGGUAUAUACCCAGUUACUUAGACAAGGAUGAGCUAUGUGUAGUAUGUGGGGACAAAGCCACCGGAUAUCAUUAUCGCUGCAUCACUUGUGAAGGUUGCAAGGGUUUUUUUAGAAGAACCAUUCAAAAGAACCUCCAUCCAACCUAUUCCUGUAAAUAUGAAGGAAAAUGUGUGAUAGACAAAGUAACAAGAAAUCAGUGCCAGGAAUGUCGCUUCAAAAAAUGUAUCUUUGUUGGCAUGGCAACAGAUUUGGUGUUGGAUGACAGUAAGAGGUUGGCAAAAAGGAAGCUGAUAGAAGAAAAUCGGGAGAAGAGACGUCGGGAAGAGCUGCAGAAAACCAUUGGGCACAAACCAGAGCCAACGGAUGAGGAAUGGGAGCUCAUCAAAAUUGUUACUGAAGCACAUGUGGCCACCAAUGCACAAGGAAGCCACUGGAAGCAGAAAAGGAAAUUUCUGCCAGAAGAUAUUGGGCAGGCACCAAUAGUUAAUGCCCCAGAAGGUGGGAAAGUGGAUUUAGAAGCCUUCAGCCAGUUUACAAAAAUUAUCACACCAGCGAUUACAAGAGUGGUGGAUUUUGCCAAAAAGUUGCCUAUGUUUUGUGAGCUGCCAUGUGAAGACCAGAUCAUCCUUCUGAAAGGCUGCUGUAUGGAGAUCAUGUCCCUCCGAGCAGCAGUUCGCUAUGAUCCCGAGAGUGAGACUUUAACACUAAAUGGGGAGAUGGCGGUUACAAGGGGCCAGCUAAAAAACGGGGGUCUUGGCGUAGUGUCUGAUGCCAUUUUUGACCUGGGCAUGUCUCUUUCUUCAUUUAACCUGGAUGACACCGAGGUUGCCCUUCUUCAGGCUGUUCUGCUCAUGUCAUCAGAUCGCCCAGGCCUUGUUUGCGUCGAGAGAAUAGAAAAGUGUCAAGAGGGUUUCCUCCUGGCAUUCGAACACUACAUUAAUUACAGAAAACACCAUGUUGCACACUUUUGGCCAAAACUGCUGAUGAAAGUGACAGACCUGCGAAUGAUUGGAGCCUGCCAUGCCAGCCGCUUCCUGCACAUGAAGGUGGAGUGCCCCACAGAACUGUUCCCUCCAUUGUUCCUGGAAGUGUUUGAGGAUUAGAGAGACUGAAGUGGUUCUCCACACCCCCGUCGCACUACUGGCUGUCAUUUCAUCCCAUUGCCCAGCUCUUCUCACCUGUUUGUUCUUCUUCUUUCGUGGUCUUCUGUUUCUUGAGACGGGGCUGGGGUUUUGUUUGGGUUUUCUUUUGGGGUUGCUGGGGGGCAGUUGUAUACACAUGGAUGAAAACAUCCCUAUAAUGCGGGUACUUGUGACUAUUGCAAUUUGUUCUUCAGUCCUUUGAUGUGAGUGCUUUGACAGCUUAACAGUGAAAAUAUGAACAGACCAAUCUCAUUCACCAGCAUUUGCGUGGUCACCAGCUCACACCCAUCAUAGCCUGGAAAAUAGGGGAGAGAGAUGGAAGUGGCAGAAAAAUAAAUUGGCCUUCAAGGUAAAACAGCUACUGUUAAUUUGACCCUGACAGUUCUGUCUUGUAUUACCUCCUUUUGCUGGGUACAACUGACCAAUUUAUAAUAUGAAAUUUCUGGUCUUCAUGAUUGUUUCUAUCGUAACAAUUACCACUAUGAUCUAGGAUCUUUAUCAUCAUCAUGAUCCAAUCAUUCUCUGAGGUUUGUUCCAGCAGAUGCAGUUUAACUGUGCCCCAUAAAACAAGUACUUAAAAUAAUACAGAGUGUUAGAAAGGACUGAGUCUUUUUUUUUCCAUGUGUAUAAGAUAUUAAGACCUUCAGUUAUUCAAUUUGGACUCCAGAUAACUUCACUGGAAUGUUUGUUAGAGUGAGGAGGGAAAUUUGAUCCUCUGAGGUGCUUUUCCUGAGAGUGGAGGGGUCUGCUCUUUCUGAAGUGUGUGGAAAAUCCGUCACUUUGAGGGAGAAGGCUCUCUGUCAGGAUAGCAGGCAGUGUCUCAGAGUUAUUCAGGGAUAUGAGGGCUCACAGAAUGAGGACAAAGAGAAUAAAACAUACGGGGUGACCUUCAGAUGGGACAGAAACCAACUGUGUUAUUAACAACACUCAAGACUGUACAGCUUUAUCCCAGUAAUACAAAUAGUGUUGCUCAGCAGUAAUCCUUUGGUUUUAUAUAUAUAUAUAUAUAAAGUUUAUAUGCACAUAUAUAUAUAAUUUUAUAUAUAUAUAAUUACAAAUCUUCAGCAGAUGUCUUAAACCUAUUUCCAUAUUUUUACCUUUUCUCUCUCCUUCUCUGACUCUCUCGUGUGUGUGUGUGUGUGUGUGUGUGUGGAUCAGCUGGGUUCUCCCUCUCUGGUGUCUGUAUGUGUUUCAUUUGACUAGAUGUUCUCUUGAUUCUUUUAAUUUAUUUCCACUAACUGCACUAGCAGGAACCAAACUGAGCAAUGACAAAAAUAUCCUGCUGCCAAAGUCUGCAAGCCAGUACUCACAGUCCUGGAAUGUUUGGAGGCCAGUGAUGAGGACAUGGUAGGCAGAGGUUCCUCUCUGUCAUCCAUCUCCAUUCAGAGAUGUUGUCUCUGGGUUUUAUAAACUUGACAUUAAACCAUCUUCUGGAUUUGUAUGACACAUCGAAAGCAUCUUUCUGUUCUUCCUGGGAACCAGAGACUUAGUUCAUGUUUUUUGCACUGCCUUAUACCCCACAUUCUUUCGUGUUGCGCAUUGAUUUGUACCAGUUUCUUUCUCUGCUAUGUAUUGACCCAUUUGCCCGGCAAGUUGUGGGCAUUGUUGGAGUGGAUGUAUUGACUUUAAGAGCUCAUGGCCAAUAUCUGAACCCAUAUGUUAUGUGCUUAUCUGCUCAUAAAAACAGGAUACUCAGGAAAACUUAUAAAUUGAACAUGGUAUAUGUGUUUAAUUCUUCCUACCCUUCUUUCCCUGCAUCAUUGAUAAAAUAUUUGGAGUGCUAUUGGGCAUGUUUUUAGGGAUGUGGAAUCUCGUUCUCCCUGUUCUUUGAUACCAUAUGCACCUGUGAUGAGCUAUGAGCACUAAAGUUGUCACUUAGGGGUUUUUUUGUCAGAACAUGAACCACGUUGGGGUGUUUCGGAGUUUUUUUGCAGGUAGCAGUGAAGACACACCAUUGGAGAUUCAUUCUUAAAUAUUUGCUGUAGAACCUCUCUUGUUGGCUAUGUUUGCUCCAUCUUGAAGCGUGUGUCUAAACAACAUCUCUAUCCAAAUUCCUUGUAGAGCACUGUCUUGGAGACAAAGAGUCAGAAAGUAGCUCUUUGGAUAGGUGGUUUGGGGUGACUUGAUAGAGGACUUACAGCAUACAAUAGGGGACUCAGAAAAGCAGUAGAUCCCUUACUUGCGGUGAUGCCUUCACAAUCUAGAAACAAAACAACACAUUUUUGAGACAAUAUUAAUAUAGCAGGGAAUAUAAAAGCAGAAUUGGAGGCCUCCAGGUGCAAAUAUGGCAAAAUGCGUAUGUGAUGCAGGACUUCUACAAUUUUAUAAGUUUAACAAAUUAGCAUAUUUAACAAUAGUAUCCAAUUAGAAGAGCAGUUAGUUAAGUAAUCCCCCCUUUUGGUACUGCCCUAUUUGGAGCCUGUCCCCCCCUCACCAAGUUUCUAGCCCCAUAUUUAUUAUGUCUAGGAUACAUGGUGACAGAAAAUAACAAUAAGACAUCCUUGGCUAAAGAGGCAAGACUAAAUAAUAUUUCGGGAGUGUAGCAUAAUAUGUGUUAGAAGGUUAGCUUAUUGUUCUAAAAUGUACGGAAAGAGGGGUAGGAAAAGUAUUGGGAGCUACAGCCAUGUAUUAGAAAUCUACAAAGCUACAAAUAUAUGACAAAUAUAUAAAAAGCUUAGGCAUCAGCACCAAUGCCAACAGUGGCUUGCAAAGAAAAGAGAAAUGUGCAUGUCUUCUGAAGCUCUGUUCUGCCAUGGAUCUGAGCUUUUGACUGUGCUGCUGAUGGGACCCAGGAGAGGAAACAUCACAUCUCUUCUAGUUCCAAAAUGCUGAUGCAUUUUGGAGCUGUGCUUAGUCAGGGUUCAGAAAAUCAGGCCUCCUUCCUUAGAUGAUUGCAGAUGGACUGAAGUGCCUAAAAUCAGGCAGCCAACUUGGGCAGUUCUGGCAGUGCUCUAAGCAAAAAGGACAUACACCAACAUGCUUUUCUAGCUUUUUAGGUUUAGUUGGAGUCUGACACUAAUUAACAGACUGAGUUAGUAGGAUUCCCUAACUGAAAACUAAGGCCAAGCUCUUAGUUUGACAGAUUUGAUGUACUGACAUCUAAUGGCCUCUGAUCUCCUACCAAUCUUACUUCAUGUGACUUCCUUUACUUCCUCAAUGAGACUGCUGGUUUAUGUGAUCAUGACAGCAAAACUAGCUGAGCUUAGUUCUGCAAAGACAUACUUCUAAAUAUCAGUGGUCUCAAGCCAUUGUGGGAUUGAGCCCCUGGACUGACCACCUCAGUGGCAGACACCAGCGCCACAGUCAGCACCCUUUGUAGUACCUGGCCUUCUGAGUGAAAUAACAAACUUAUGCUUUCCAGUGCAGUCCAGAGUCUUGUUUCUGCUGGUGCCACAUGGCUCUCAUAUUUGCUUUGUGGUUCUACACGUGGGUCUUACACAGAAGGUUUUUUCUGUCAAACCUGAUUGUCACCAUUCGUGGUAUUGCCCUGAGUAACAUGUGCAUUUAGAUACUCAUUUUAUGUGUAAUCUCAGUUAAGUUGUGAUAUUUAUGAUAUAUAUAGUGCGUGAUCAUGAUUUUUGUUUACAUUCUGCCAAAAUGUAGACGUUAGAGUUAGACCUCCCAGGUCCAAAAUCAUCCUUGAGCAGACUGCUUGCUUCUUCAGAGGCAGGUAUCAGAAAGAGGAAAAAACUGUCCAGAAAGACCAUUUAUAUCAGAAAUCUGCCAAGAGAGAGCUGUUAAUCACAAGCAGAGCAUGUCAUUGCUAGUGAUGUAUUUUUAUGCUAUGGAACUCUAAUCUGUAUGUGUCAUAUUGACUUCUUGCUGCAUGAAUCAUAAAUUUUAAAAAUCAGUCUUAUGGUUUUGAGAUGUAGCCAGCAUUCCUAAGGCUAAACCUUUUUCAUUAACAGAAUCAAAAUCCACAACCAAGGAACGUUUUCCUCUCACUGUGAGAGCAAUUGAAAGUGUUCAACAUUUAUCUUUUCACAAAAGGAAGAGGCAACAGAACCUCUUAAUGUGUCUUGUUAUUGUGAUCAUCUGGAAAUGAUUGCCAGACGUUUCCUUUUGAUAUAGUAAUGAAGUGAUCUGUAUUUAAAUUUUAUAGAGAGAAUUUUAUUCUAGUGUGAUAGAGAUUUAUUUUCCACUUUAAGACUCAAAACGGUGUGAGCACGUUUUUGGUUUUUUGUUUUUUUUUUUAUUAUGGUAUAUUUUUGCUUUAAAAUUAAAAACAAAACAAAAAAAAAGGUUUGGCCUUAUCACAAAGUUUUAGUAUAGAUGUUAGCAAAUGCAAAGAGUAUGCAUUAUUUGUGUGUAUCCACAUUGACUGAUGUCGCCUUCAAAAAGCAAUAUUGUGCAGGUAAUAAGUUGUUUGUGACUGUCCAUUGCACAGUUUACCUUCUUUAAAAGCUAACCUUGUUUAUGCACAAGACAAUCAACUGUAAAUCUACAUCAGCACCCAGGUGUGGAUUAAAUUUAUGUAAAUUACUGAGCACAAUGUAAAACAUUAAAAGACACUUUAUUUAAUUACACAUUUAAUGUUGGUAAAGAUAGUAUCAGGGCAUGAACUAGCUGACAUACUGUAAUUUCUUUUUCUCUUUUCCUACUUCCUUAGCACUCUACAGUUUCAGUUUGCUCAUAAAUACAUCAAAUUAGUCAUUUAUAAUUUUUUUAAAGAGGAGGGUGGUUUGGGUUGGUUUUUUUUAUGAAUUUGGUUGGGAGGACUUACUACUUUGUCUAUGAGGUUUGUGGGUUUUGCUUCUUUGGUUUACUUUUUUAUAUCAGUUUCAUGCCCUGAGGGUAAGACAAACAUUACACCAUACAGUAAAAAACAAAGUACCUUGGAUGAUGUAUUUUUUUGCAAACAGUGUUAAGAGUUAUGCUAGAUUGGUAAUAUUUUUUCAGCCUAAAAUAUAUUAAAAAAAAAAUCUGUGAUCACAAAUGUUUUAAACUAUCUAAAGAGAAAAUUUGUAUAUUUGGGGAAGAAAAUAAUUUUUACAUAGCUUUUGUAUGCAGAUAUUAAAAUGUAAUUAUGAAUAUAGUGGGCAUAGAUAACUGUGUAAGCUUGAAUUCUAAAAAAGAAAAAGCUUAUAACUGAAAAGUG